AGCCCCUUGUCCCAGCCUGGAGCUAGAGCGACGUGAGGCCCCGGCCAACAUGGCCAACCUCCUGCAGCCUCAGUUUCCUCCAGCGCAGGAGCCGGGCUCCACCUCACCCCUGGACCUGCCGGAGAUGGAGAAGCUCCUCACUAAGGUAGAGGACAAGGAUGACAAGACCCGGAAUCUGUCCAAGUCCCUCUCGGGGGCUCUGGAUCUGGAGCAGAAUGGCCACAGCGUGCCCUUCAAGGCGAUCUCCGAGAAGCACCUGGAGGCCUCACUGCCCCGGUCCCCGUCGCGGGCCAGCUCGAGGCGGGCGUCCUCCAUCGCCACCAUCUCCUGCACCCAGGACCAGGAAGUCCCCAGAGAUUACCUCAUCCUUGCCAUCGCCUCUUGCUUCUGCCCCAUCUGGCCCCUCAACCUCAUCCCCCUCAUCUUUUCUAUCAUGUCUCGAAGCAGCGUGCAGCAGGGGGACCUGGAUGGGGCCCGGAGGCUGGGCCGCCUGGCCCGGCUGCUCAGCAUCACCUUCAUCAUCAUGGGCAUUAUCAUCAUCAUCGUGGCUGUGACCGUCAACUUCGCAGUUCAGAAGAAAUAACACUAACCGGGGAGCUGUGCUAACGGAGGCAACAGAGGCAGGCCUGGCCAGCUGGAAGGCUCUGAACACACACACCCACACACCACAGAGGACAGGGUGGGGACUGCCAAGUGUCCACUUGUCCCCAAGCUCCAAAAGCACAAACUUGGAGGGAAACCCCCAAGUCACCUCAAUGUCAGCCCACAACAGAUGGGAAAAUCUGGAAGAAGGAAGGAAG